AUGCAAAGUUUUAGUCAGUUAGGACCGUCUGAGAUUUUCUUCAUCGCUAGAAGAGACAACCCAAGUACGAGAGCACAGCUUUGGUUCACUGGUAAACUCCAUUUCCGACAAGAAUCAUUUCGGCUUCGUUUAAAGAACAGAGUAGAGUAUAGCGCAAGACCAGUACCUCCAAAUCUGAUAGCAGCAGAGAAAGAAGAAGCCAAAGCUGUCUUAACACUAUUCUUCAAGAAGCAAGGUUUUAGCAACAGCGUCUCCGUUAGGAUCAUCAACAAAUCUGAUCUCUUCAUUGACCAUUUAGUCUCUAGACUCCACUCUGUCCACAAAGCACGUUACCUCGUAGGCAGAGAGCUCACCACACUCGAGAUACGAGACUCCCUCAUUCCUUACCUCGAACAACUUCAUCAACAACAUGGUCAUCUCCUCUCUGACCUCGUUGUCAGCUUCCCUCAUCCACCAUCACCUCAAGAUCCACCCGUUUCAUCUUCCCCACCACCAGCUCCACUCACACCACCUCGUGUUGUUCACACAGAUUCCGCUAAGAAACUAAGAGCGGUCUCUCGUGUAAGCGAACUCGACACAGAAGGUGCAUUACGUCCUCAGACACUCUACCUUCUCGACCUUGGUUUAAACCUCGAGCAGAUCAAAACAAUCACUCGUAAGUUCGCUGCCUUUCCUUACUAUAGCCUCGAGGGGAAGAUCAAACCUGUUGUUGAGUUUCUUCUAGACCUUGGAGUCCCUAAGUCAGACAUACCAACAAUCCUCUGCAAACGGCCACAGAUUUGUGGGAUCAGCUUAACUGAUAAUCUCAAACCAACAAUGGCUUUCUUGGAGACGUUAGGCAUUGAUAAGAACCAAUGGGCUAAGAUCAUAUACCGUUUUCCAGCUAUCUUGACUUACAGCAGACAGAAACUUACUUCAACCGUUGAGUUCUUAACUCAAACCGGUCUGUCUGAAGAGCAGAUUGGUAAGAUCUUGACUCGGUGUCCGAACAUCAUGAGUUACAGCGUGGAAGACAAGCUACGUCCUACAAUGGAGUACUUCAAGUCUUUAAACGUUGAUGUUGCGAUUCUCCUUCAUCGCUGUCCACAAACUUUUGGUUUAAGCAUUGAGACUAACUUGAAGCCUGUGACUGAGUUUUUUCUAGAGAAGGGUUAUGGUAUAGAUGAGAUUGGGAUCAUGAUCUCUAGGUAUGGAGCUUUGUAUACUUUUAGUUUGAGAGAGAAUCUGAUGCCGAAGUGGGAUUAUUUUCAGACAAUGGAUUAUCCAAACUCGGAGUUGGUGAAGUUUCCGCAGUUUUUCGGGUAUAGUCUUCAGGAGAGGAUCAAGCCGAGGUAUGAGCUGGUGAAGAGAAGUGGAGUGAGACUGUUGUUGAAUCAGGUUUUGUCCUUGUCUGGAGUUGAGUUUGAGAAAGUUGUUAAGAAGAAGAUGUUGAAGAAACUUGUAUCUGAUCAUCAAAGUAGUAGCGAGCUGUUGUGA